CCAGCCUGAGAGAAAUAUUCGCACGGGAGUGGAGAAUAGUUUGGGGUGGGGUUUCGCACCGUCUCCUCCCCCCCACCCCCGGAUCCCCUUCCAGGCGCUGUUGGAGAGCUCUCAGACGUGCGCUGGGAAGUUUAAAGAGCAGAGGGGAGUUGGUGCGGUAGGCAGGGACAAUGGAAGAAAAUGAAAGCCAGAAAUGUGAGCCGUGCCUUCCUCAUCCAGCAGACAGCAGACUCACGCGGGAACAAGGAAAAAGCAAUCUGCAUGUAACGUCAUUAGAAGAUGCAGAAUGCCGAAGAACCAAGGAAUGCCUUGCUAAUGGGAACAGUCGAGUUUCAGUUUCCAAGGCUUCCCGAAACAUCCCACGGAGACACACGCUAGGUGGGCCCCGAAGUUCCAAAGAAAUACUGGGAAUGCAAACAUCUGAGAUGGAUAGGAAGAGAGAAGCUUUCCUGGAACAUCUCAAGCAGAAAUACCCGCAUCAUGCCACCGCAAUCAUGGGCCACCAGGAGAGGCUGAGAGACCAGACAAGAAGCCCCAAACUGUCUCACAGUCCUCAGCCUCCCAGCUUGGGCGACCCGGUGGAGCAUUUAUCCGAGACUUCUGGUGACUCUCUGGAAGCCAUGUCUGAGAGCGAAGCUCCAAGUCCUUUCUCCAGAGGCAGCCGAACUCGAGCAAGCCUUCCGGUGGUGAGAUCGACCAACCAGACGAAAGAAAGAUCUCUAGGGGUUCUCUAUCUCCAGUAUGGAGAUGAAACCAAGCAGCUCAGGAUGCCCAACGAAAUCACAAGUGCAGACACGAUCCGGGCUCUCUUCGUAAGUGCCUUCCCACAGCAGCUCACCAUGAAAAUGCUGGAGUCGCCCAGUGUCGCCAUUUACAUCAAAGACGAGAGCAGAAAUGUCUAUUAUGAACUAAAUGAUGUAAGGAACAUUCAGGACAGAUCGCUCCUCAAAGUGUAUAACAAGGAUCCCGCACAUGCGUUCAAUCACACGCCAAAAACUUUGAACGGAGACCUGAGGAUGCAGAGAGAACUUGUUUAUGCCAGAGGAGAUGGCCCCGCGGCCUCUCGACCUGGGUCCACAGCGCACCCAGCCCACGCCAUUCCAAAUUCUCCGCCCCCCACGCCCGUGCCCCACUCCAUGCCUCCCUCGCCAUCCAGAAUUCCUUAUGGGGGCGGCCGCCCCAUGGUGGUCCCCGGCAACGCCACCAUCCCCAGGGACAGGCUCUCCAGCCUGCCCGUGUCCAGGUCCAUCUCCCCCAGCCCCAGCGCCAUUCUGGAAAGAAGAGACGUAAAGCCCGAUGAAGACCUGAGCGGCAAGAACAUGGCGAUGUACCGAAACGAGGGUUUCUACGCGGAUCCUUACUUGUACCACGAGGGACGCAUGAGCAUCGCCUCUUCCCACGGCGGCGCGCACCCGCUGGACGUGCCGGAUCACAUCAUCGCCUAUCACCGCACCGCCAUCCGGUCGGCGAGCGCGUACUGCAGCCCGGCCUUACAGGCGGAAAUGCAUAUGGAGCAGUCCCUGUACAGGCAGAAACCCAGGAAAUACCCGGACAGCCACCUACCCACUCUGGGCUCCAAAACGCCCCCCGCCUCCCCGCACCGCGUGGGCGACCUGAGGAUGGUGGACAUGCACGCGCAUCACAACGCCCACGGGCCCCCGCACACCCUGCAGCCGGACCGGGCCUCGCCCAGCCGCCAGUCCUUCAAGAAGGAGCCUGGCACCCUGGUGUACAUCGAAAAGCCACGGACCGCGCCAGGACUCUCCGGCCUGAUGGACCUCGGCCCUCCGCUAGUGGAGAAGCAAAUGUUUGCUUACAGCACCGCUACGAUCCCCAAAGACAGGGAGACCAGAGAGAGGAUGCAAGCCAUGGAGAGGCAGAUUGCCAGUUUAACUGGCCUUGUUCAGUCUGCACUUUUUAAAGGGCCCCUAACAAGUACUAGCAAAGAUGCAUCUAGCGAGAAGAUGAUGAAAACACCAGCUAAUAAGAACCACACAGAGAGUGCAGGAACUCCCCAUGUUCCUGGCGGGAAGACUCUCGGCGCCCUGGAGUCCCUGGGGCCCCCCAGCCAGCCCCUGGCCGCCGGCACCUCGGCCGUCCACCUGAGCCUGCUCGACAUGAGGCGGAAUGUGGCCGAGCUCCGGCUCCAGCUGCAGCAGAUGCGACAGCUCCAGCUGCAGAACCAGGAGCUGCUGAGGGCGAUGAUGAAGAAGGCUGAGCUGGAAAUCAGCGGCCGAGUGAUUGAAAUGAUGAAGAGGCUGGAGGACCCUGUGCAGCGCCAGCGCGUCCUGGUGGAGCAAGAGAGACAGAGGUACCUGCAGGAAGAGGAGAAGAUCGUCAAGAAGUUAUGUGAGCUGGAGGACCUGGUUGAAGACCUGAAGAAGGACUCUGCAUCGGCCAGCCGAGUGGUCACCUUAAAAGACGUGGAAGAUGGGGCGUUCCUCCUGCGACAAGUGGGAGAAGCGGUAGCUUCCCUGAAAGGAGAAUUCCCGACCUUACAAAACAAGAUGCGAGCCAUCCUGCGCAUAGAGGUGGAGGCCGUGCGGUUCCUGAAGGAGGAGCCGCACCGGCUGGACAGUCUCCUGCAGAGAGUGCGGAGCAUGACCGACACCCUGACCCUGCUGCGGAGACAUGUCACCGAUGGGCUCUUAAAAGGGACAGAUGCAGCCGAGGCCGCGCAGUAUGUGGCCAUGGAGAAGGCCACUGCCGCAGAAGUCUUGGCGUCCCAGCCCCUCCACGGCGCAGCAGUCCCUCGAGACGUGAAGUCGGAAGUGGUGCCCUUGAUGGUUCACCAUGCACAGAGCUCUCCUGUGGUCACUCAGCCCUCCCAGCUCUCCUCCACCCCACCCAACCCUGCCCAGCAUCCAACCAGCCCUCCGGCAGUCACACAGGAAGUGACCUCAGCUCCCCAGUCAUCACAGGCAACUCAGUCUCCACAGGCACCCAUGAAUGGCUCCUCCAUGCAGAGUUUGUUCAUUGAAGAAAUCCACAGUGUGAGUGCCAGGAACAGGGCGGUGUCUAUUGAGAAAGCAGAAAGGAAAUGGGAAGAGAAAAGACAAAAUCUGGACCACUAUAAUUCAAUUCCAAACCUAGAGAUGCCCCCAGCCUCGGGCCCAAAGCCCAAGGGCGAAGCUCCGGGGGACAGGCUGGAACUCUCAGAAGACUCUCCAAGCUCCGAGCAGGACUUGGACAGGUUGGGGGGAAAGUCCCCACCUCCUCCUCCCCCGCCCCCGAGACGGAGCUACCUGCCAGGAUCCGGGCUCACCACCACCAGGACUGGCGACGUGGUCUACACCAGCAGGAAGGAGAACACCACUAAGGCAAGCAGUGAAGAUGCCGGACCAAGCCUGCAGGCUAGAGCCACAAAGUGCCCAGCAGAGGAGCCUGCUUCAGCGUGGACUCCAUCCCCACCCCCGGUCACUACCUGCUCCUCAAAGGACGAGGAGGAGGAGGAAGAAGGAGACAAAAUCAUGGCAGAGCUCCAGGCAUUCCAGAAGUGUUCCUUUAUGGAUGUAAAUUCAAACAGUCAUGCUGAGCAGUCCCGGGCUGACAGUCACGCUAAAGACACUAGGCCGGGGGCCACAGUCUCACCCAAGGAGAAGAAGAAUUUGGAAUUUUUCCACGAAGACGUACGGAAAUCUGAUGUUGAAUAUGAAAAUGGCCCCCAAAUGGAAUCCCGCAAGGUCACCUCAGGGGCUCCUACACAUAGUGACCGUCCCAGGUGGGAAAGAGGAGUGGAGAAUAGUGUUUCUCAAGAACAUCAGAAUAUAAAACUGACAGCAAGAACAUCAGAUAUUCUUGAUGCCCCAAGAACAUCAGACUAUAAAACCAACAUCUUAAUGAAGGAUAAUUCCAUACCCAAUAAGAGUUUACUUAGAGACAGUAGAAAUUAUUCCCAGAAAAAUGUGUCUAAGGUCAAUUCCAGUUUCCCUGGCACCAAUUUGUUAGAAGAUGAAAUAAGCAAAGGGCCUAAAAUCUCAGGACUGCAGAGCCCUCCAUCUGACCCUGAGAACCAGAAGACGAAUUAUGAAAAGACAAAAGAGAUGAGUCAACGAGAUCAAGAAAAUGCAGACAGAUGUCACCUACUCUCUCCCACUAGGUCAACUGAAUUGAGUAUUUGUGAUGCCAAAACUCAAGAUCAAGAGGUUCCUGUGACAGAGUUUGGCCAAGUUGUGCUAAGACCCAAGGGGGCUUGGCAUGCUAAUAAUGGGAAGCCUAAUGAGGACAGAGAAUCAACCCCGAGUUCUCCCACUGAGGAAAGUGCACCCACAGACAACAUCGCCUUCAUGAUUACCAGAACUGCGGUCCAGGUUCUGUCCAGCGGGGAGGUCCGCGAGAUCGUGAGCAAGAAGGGAGAAGAUGUACAGACUGUGAAUAUUGAUGCCAAAAAAGAGAUGACUUCCCAGCAAGAAGGGGCUGAAAAUGAAGAGCCAGUCGUGUGCCUAGACAAGAAGCCAGUCAUCAUCAUUUUUGACGAACCCAUGGACAUCCGGUCUGCAUAUAAGAGACUUUCAACCAUAUUUGAGGAGUGCGAUGAGGAACUAGAGAGAAUGAUGACAGAGGAAAAGAUAGAAGAGGAGGAAGAGGAGGAAAAUGGAGACACUGUGGUCCAGAAUAACACUUCCCAGAAGUUCCAGAAGGUGGUGUCAGGCCCCAGCUCAGGACUGCAGGCUGAGAGCGGAUUGCAGCCACACUCCCUCUCAGGAGACACCGGAGUGUCAGGAGGACAGGGAAUGAAUAAGGCUGAGCUGCCCACGAGCGGCCGAGCAGAUUCUCCAAGUUCAGAAAGCAAGUGUGAUGCGGCAUAUGACCAGUUGGAAAGCCCCAAGAAAAAGUUCAAGUUCAAAUUCCCUAAAAAGCAACUCGCCGCUCUCACUCAGGCAAUUCGCACAGGAACCAAGACGGGGAAGAAGACCUUGCAGGUGGUGGUCUACGAAGAGGAGGAAGAGGACGGCACUUUGAAGCAGCACAAAGAAGCCAAGCGAUUCGAAAUCACUCAGUCUUCUCCACCCGAAGACACCCCCCAAAGCAGGCUCAGGAGACAGGGGCAGCUCUGUCUGGAGAACACAUCUUCCAUUUCCAGAACUGAUGAGAUUAGACAUAACACCUACAGAACACUGGACAGCCUGGAGCAGACCAUCAAACAGCUGGAAAACACGAUCAGCGAAAUGAGUCCAAAAGCCCUCGUUGAUUCGUCAUGUUCUCCCAACAGAGAUUCUGUUGCCAGCUCGUCCCACCUAGCCCGGGAGGCCUCUCCCCGAGCCUUGCUAGUUCUGGAAGAAGUUCCCACUGCCCUAGAGCCCCCCUCAUCAAUACCUUCAGCUUCACGUAAGGCCCCGGCAGGGACCCCACAGACCAGCAGGAUGCCAGUCCCCAUGAGCUCCAAGACUAGACCCGGAAGCCUGGACAAGCCCAGCAAGCAGACCAAACUGCAGGAUCCCCGCCAAUAUCGUCAGGCUAAUGGAAGUGCUAAGAAAGCUGGUGGGGACUGUAAGCCUGCUUUCCCCUCCUUACCUGCUUCUAAGAUUCCAGCCCUUUCUCCCAGCUCUGGGAAAAGCGGCGCUCUGCCCUCUUCUAGCGGUGACAGCUCUAACUUCCCUAACCCAGCUGCUUCUAAACCACCGGUUACUUCUAACCCUCUCAGCCCCCAAACAGGACGAUCUGCCUCCUCGGCCUCCCUCAUCCCCUCUGUCUCUAAUGGCUCCUUAAAGUUUCAGAGCCCCACUCACACAGGUAAAGGUCACCAUCUUUCAUUCUCACUGCAGACUCCCAAUGGCCGAGCAGCCCCUCCCUCCUGCUCCUCCUCCCCCCCCUCCCCCGCCUCCCCCACUUCACUGAACCAAGGUGCCAGGAGCGUCAGGACCAUCCAUACUCCCAGCCUCACCAGCUACAAGGCACAGAAUGGAAGUUCCAGCAAAGCCACCCCAUCCACAGCAAAGGAAACCUCUUAAAGGCCACACCCUAUCAGGCACAAGUUGGAGUUACAUUUAAAAAUUUAGAAAAAAAAUUGUAACAGUCUUUUAACAACUGUUUUCACAAGAGAAUGUAACAUAUUGCUGUACUGUUUGAGGCUUAAUGCUAAGUAUGUGCUAAAUACUGGAUUAAUAGAUUUCAGUAAAGCUUGUUUGGUUUGGUUUGAUUUUUUAGUUGUUGCUAUUGUAAUUACAUAGUGUUAACUGUCUGUAUUCAACACCUGUUAAAUGAAGUAAGCAUGUGUUACAGAAAGAGAGGAUGGUGAGAGAGAAGGGUAUGUGUGUGAGGCAGGAAAAAACGUAUUGAGCAUGUAAAACAUGUAUGAUUCCAGAAUUUUAGUAUGUUUUGUAUAAAAAUAUUUUUCAUUACGGAGACUAGAAGUGAACAGAGAAAUACGCAAGUGCGACUAUACAAAUUGUAAAAGAGAUACUAUAAUAUUUCCUUUUAUUUUAGUGUUAUUUAGCUUUAUUACAGAUUUCUAUUUUUGUCAAAACUUCAUGGUUCCUUUCGAGAUCUUUUUUGCCAAAACAUUUUGAUACUAUAGCAUUGUACAUUUGAAAGUAGUGUCUAGACAACAGGCCAACCCAGGGUCAUAUGUAGAAAGCAAUUUAUCAAACUAAUUGCACUGCCAUGAAAAUUAUGUAUAAUAAUUUGCCAGCCCAAGCAAGCUAGUUUUCUUUGCAUUUCUUUCUUUCUUCUUCUUUUUUUUAAACAUAUUGGGAUUCUCUAGUUGUUUUCUUUGCAGUAUUUAACCCCUUCCUUUGUUUCCUGAGACCUGGCAGCCCACACUAUUACAGUACAUUGUGGAUUUUAAAGUGUACACUUCUGUACUGUUCUGUAAACUGAAAAACUUUUGUAAAUAUAUAAAUAGACAUAAAAACACUAUAUGCGGCAGCACAUAGAGUAGUUUUCCCACACCAAAGUUAAUUUUUAUGCAUGCUUUACAAAUAUAUAUUGGGAUGGGCAGAAAUGGGACUCUCCAUACAUUUUUAAAAAGUAACAAGUUUGCACAGCUAGAGUGUUUUUGUAAAUAACUGUAUUUGUAUAACACAGUCAUGUAAUAUACAGACCUAUAAGCAGAGACAUCGCAAAACUAAUAAAGGGCUGCAUGCUUAUUAUUUUUUUGUACCUUGUUACUAAAGCUGCGUCCUAGGCAAAGAAUGAAACAGAACUGUUACCAAGGGAAAUGGUUUGGGCUUUGAAGGCGUUAUCAGUGACAUGUAAGCAGCCUCAAACUUGUGUUCUGAAAGCUCUAUUUCUCCGAAAACUCUGAGGUGACUCAUGAUGAGGUCUCAUGAAUUCACUGCGAGUGUGGUGCCUUCCGACGUGACCUGCUGACUCUCUUCUCGGAGGCUCACCAAGGUUCGGCUCGCAGAGAGCAAACCUGGGCGCAGUCUCCACCUUCAUUUCCAGAGAGGUUCUUCCGACCGGCUUUUUCCUGUUUGAAUUCCAGGAGAAGUAAGCCGAAAUAAAAGGUCCUUAUCACUA